AUGUGUAUGUAUGAACUCAUUUUCCCUCCGGUAAGUCUGGGAGCAUUUUCACUGUUUUCAGAAAUAUCACCCAUUCCCGAAGAGAUCAUGGCUGUGUCACUUGUAGGCGGAGCUCUUCUCUCUGCUGCCUUCAAUGUGGUUUUGGAGAGAUUAACGCCUGAGCUGACAGAUUUCAUCAACAAAAUCGGUGGAAAGAAGCUGGAUCACAAGUUAUUUAAUCAUUUGAAGCCAUCCUUGUUUGCUGCAAGAGUUGUGCUCAACGAUGCAGAACUCAAACAAUUCGCAGAUCCUGCUGUGAAAGCUUGGCUAGAUGAACUCAGAGAGGCUGUCUAUGACUUGGAAGACUUGAUGGAUGAGAUUUCCACCCGAGAUGCCACUCAGAAAAAGGUGAGCUAUUUCUCCUUUGCUUCUCUUAGUUUGCGAGAUACAAGCAUGGCAAAUAAGUUAGAAGUUAUCAGCGAUAGAAUUGAAAAAAUUGUGGGGCAAAAAGAUGCUCUUGAUUUGAAGAAGACAACUGGAACAGGUUCAGAAACUUUGUCCUGGAGGUCUCCAGUUACAUCUCAUGUGGAAGUCUCUGAAGUGUACGGAAGGACGAAAGAAAAAGAAGAUAUAAUUAAGCUUAUGUUUAGUGGUGAGGGUGGUCCGUUGUCUGUAAUUCCCAUUGUGGGUAUGGGCGGGGUAGGGAAGACCACCUUAGUUAAUUUAGUUUAUAAUGAUGUCAAGCAAAACUUUGAUCUUACUGCAUGGGUUUGUGUUUCUGAAGCAUUUGAUCUUUUAAAAAUAGCACAAACUAUAAUAAAAUCUAUUAGUCUAGAUUUUGCAUGUGAUAAUAUGGAUUUGAAUCUUGUUCGACUUCAUCUGGUGGAGAAGUUAGAAAGGAAAAAAUUUUUAGUUGUUCUUGACGAUGUCUGGAAUGACAAAUACACUGAUUGGGAUACCUUAAAGAAUUUGCUUUGCAAUGGAGUGGGAGGAUGUAAAAUUCUUGUUACAACUCGUCUAAAGCAUGUUGCUUUGAUGGUCAAAACCACCUCAUCAUUUUAUCACUUAAAUGUCUUGUCUGAUGACGAUUGCUUGUCAAUUUUCGCUGCACAUGCUUUCCAAGUUAGAGAUUCAACGAUGAAUUCACACUUAGAAAAAAUUGGAAGAGAUGUUGCUAGUAAGUGUAAAGGAUUGCCCUUAACUGCAAAAGUACUUGGGGGACUUUUUAGAUCAAAGCCUAACUUUGAAGACUGGGAUACUAUAUUAAAAGAUUCUUUGUGGGACUCAUUAGACAAUGAGAUCAUUCCAGCUUUAAAAGUUAGUUAUUAUUAUCUUCCUCCCCAUUUAAAACAAUGCUUUGCUUAUUGUUCUUUAUUCCCGGAGGAUUAUCCAUUUGAUAAGGAAGAAUUAAUCUUGAUGUGGAUGGCAGAAGGUUUCUUGCAACCAUCAAAGCGAAAUAUGACUUUAGAAGAAGUUGGUCAAGAAUACUUUGAUGAUUUAACUUCAAGAUCAUUCUUUCAACCCUUAGUAUCUGAAACUGUUGUGCGCUUUGGGAUGCAUGAUCUCAUUCAUGAGUUAGCAACUCAUGUUGCUGGAGACUUUUACCUUAGAUUAGGGGAGAAUGGAAACAAAAUUGGUAAUAAGACACGCCAUUUAUCUUGCAACUUUCAAUAUUAUCCCAGUCAUGAGGUUUUUCAAAAAUCAAAAGGCUUACGAACAUUUAUAGGAUUGGAUUUUUUCUAUCUCCCUGGGUCUAUUGGAAAUGCUUCUCAUAUUGUAUCAUCAAAUUUGAAGUCCUUGCGGAUGCUGUCACUUGAGGGUUUGUCGUCUUUAAAGAUAGUUCCUGACUUAAUCGGGGAAUUUAUCCAUUUGCGCUAUUUGGAUCUAUCGUGGACAGGUAUUAGAAGUUUGCCUGAUUCAAUAUGCAAGUUGUUUAAUUUACAGACGUUGAAGUUGUGUUCAUGUUCAUCUCUUGAGAUGCUACCAAGUGACACGAAAGAUCUUGUAAAUCUUCGGUAUUUGGAUCUAUCUUCCUCAAGGAAGAUUGUAAGUUUGCCUGACUCAUUGUGCGAAUUAUACAAUCUACAAACAUUGCGGUUGGGAUAUUGUUAUUCUUUGAAGAUGCUGCCGAGAGAUAUGCAAGAUCUUGUAAACUUGCGACAUCUUGAUGUAGUAGGCACUAGCUUGAAAGAAAUGCCGAGGGGAUUGGGUAGCUUAAAAGAGUUGAAAAUUUUGAGUGAAUAUGUUGUGGGCGCAGACCAAGGGACCGGAAUUGGAGAAUUGGGAGGAAUGUCAAAUUUGAUGGGUGGGAUUGAAAUUAGUAAAUUGGAGAUUGUCAAGAAUGGAAAAGAAGCCUACGAGGCGAGGAUGACGGAGAAGAAGCACAUUAAAGGGUUGAGAUUAUCAUGGUCUAGAGAUGGUGACGUGGAAGACACACGAACUGAGAGAGCUAUUUUGGGAAAUCUUCAACCUUAUUGGGGUUUAGAAGAUUUGGAAAUUAGAAAUUAUAGGGGCACAAUAUUUCCGGAUUGGUUGGGAAGUCAUCGCUACCAGAACAUGACUAUGUUGCAAUUGACAGGGUGCAAAAACUGUUGCAUGCUUCCACCCCUUGGACGGCUCCCCGCUCUAAAGGAAUUAAGAAUUAAUGGAUUAAAUGGGGUAAAAAGAAUUGGUGAUGAGUUGUUGAAGGGAGAUGAUUGUGCUUCCAUAAUACCAUUUCCAUCCCUUGAAGUUCUUGAUUUUUUUUCGAUGACUUCAUGGGAACAAUGGCAUUCCAUUAACAUGGAAGCUUUCCCUAAGCUCCGACUACUCAGAAUAUAUGAUUGCCCCAAGUUAAUUGGAAAUUUACCUCGCCGGCUGCUUUCUUUAGAAACCCUGGUGAUUGAACGUUGUCCAUUUUUUUGUUCUGGUAUUCCGAGUUGUCCCAAACUUCAGAAACUAGUGACUGAUAGAAGUGAAAAUGUGGGGUGGCAAGAGCAAGAGUUACCUUCAUGCCUUUGCGAGCUAAAUAUUACAGGAUUCUAUCAGUAUUGCAUCGUGUAA